AUGCCUAACAGCAAGGUGGACCACCAUCAGCUCCGAGCCCGUGCUGCAACCAACGUCAAUAGCAUGCUGAACAAUGAUGCAGAGGAAGACGGAUCAGGCGAGCCUGAAGAUGAGGUCAAGAAACAGCUCUGUAGGAUCAUGGAAGCCCUUCUCGGUUGCACAUCUAUUUGUCAGUUCACGAACUUCUUCGAUGUGGGCGGCCAUUCGCUCCUUGCCUCCCGUUUGGUCUUCCAAAUGCAAGAAGCUUUCAACAUCCCGUUCGCUCUAAUGGAUGUGUUCCACUCGCCUGUAGGCAAGGCAAUGGCAGGCAAGAUCAGGCAGGCGAUUGCCACUAGGCCAGUUGAUCAAAUAUCAAUGACACCUCUGACGCUUGCCCAGGUAUACGAGGAGUUCCACGUACCCCCUGUGCUUGUCUUUUCUGAGGAGCCUCGCAAGCCAUUCUUGUUCUGCAUUCUCAUGGCCACUGGUCUCGGCCACACAUUCGCUGCGCUGUCUCGCUCCACCAACUUGUUCAAUGUCAUAGCUCUCAAUGACCCUGGGUAUGUCACGCCCGAUGACUUCCCUCAAGACCAGGUGUCCACAGAUCACGCCAACACCUUGUGCAAUCCGGGCAUCCACACCGUCAAGAACCACGCCAAGUACUACUAUGCGCAUAUUGUCGAGGAGCUGGCCCGCAUUGGUACUACCAAGUCCGAUGCCGCACCAUUUAACAUCUUAGGCUACUCCUACAGUGGAUAUGUCGCAGUCGAGAUGGCGCGCCUCGCGCAGGAUGAGGGCUGGACCAUCAAACUCUUCGUACUUCACACAUCGGUGCACCCGAUGCAUGAGGCCAAGCUGUCGCAGACACAGAUCGAAGAGGCCGCGCAUGUUGUCCUACUGACUGUGAUGAGCAUCAUCAAGCUGCCGCUCAGCAACAUGGGAGAGCAAGGUGCAUGUUUGAAGCACAACAUCGAGGUCUGCACCCUCACCAACAUCCAUACACUCUAUGCGCAUGUGAUGCCGCAGUACAAGGGGCAUGUCAUGCUGUUCCGCACAGAGUCGAAUUCUGGCCACGGCUUUGUCCCACUCAUUGGCUCAUUGGACGAGGUUUUCUUGCACGGGAACCACUACCACCUAUUCCAAGAAGAAUCUGGGAAUCUGUCCAUGAUUAGUGCUAAAGUUUCUGCAGUCCUCAAUGCAUAG